AUGGGCUUCUUCACCGAUGCCUACGACCUCUUCUCCAUCUCCCUCAUCACUGACCUCCUCGGACGCAUCUACUAUCCGGACGGCAAGGGCAACGGCAAGCUCCCAGAAGACGCUGCCGUUGCGGUGAAUGGCAUAGCUCUCGUCGGCACCGUGCUGGGGCAGAUCUUCUUCGGAUGGAUCGGUGACAGGAUGGGACUCAAGCGCAUCUAUGGCGUCACGCUAAAGCUCAUGGUGCUCUGCUCACUCGCGUCCGGCCUCUCCUUCAGCCGCAAGUCCAAGGAUGUGAUCGCUACGCUGUGCUUCUUCCGUUUCUGGCUGGGCGUCGGCAUCGGCGGCGACUACCCGGUCUCCGCCAGCAUCGAUCAUGUCGGAGGCCUAGGGAAUCUUGCUGCUGGGACUAUGGUGCUGGCCAUUUCUGCUAGGUUCAAAAGCACCAGGGCCUAUGAAACAGAUGCAUUUGGACAGGCAGACUACGUGUGGCGCAUCGUUCUCAUGCUGGGCGCCGUUCCAGCCCUCCUCACAUACUACUGGCGCAUGAAGAUGCCCGAGACAGCGCGCUACACCGCGUUGAUUGCGAAAAACCUAAAGCAGGCUGCAUCAGACAUGACCUCUGUUCUCGAGAUCGAGAUCCCUUCAGGAAAAGAAGAGAUGGACGCCCUUGCCAUAUAA